AUGUCUCUGAAAAAAGAAAAACAAACAUUUCUUCGUUCAAUGCUAAGUUCGGAUGAUUUGAAUGAUGUAAAAUAUUAUGAAGAAAAUGAAGAGAAUGAAGAGAAUGAAGAGAACGAAGAGGAUAAAGAAGAUAUUGUUGAAAACCCUGAGAACUUCAAGAACAAUGAAAACGCUCAAGAUCAAAAAGGUAUUAAAUCGAGGCCUAGAGAGGAUGAAACUUCCUUUCAGCAUGGUAGGCUCAGCAAAUCUGUUCCAAACUUGCAUUUUGUUUCUUCGAAUCUUCAUUUGUAUCAUGAACAGUCUGACCGUUACAAAAAACGUUUCAGACCCCUUCGCUUGUUCAAGCCUUUUAAGGAAAACCGUUUAAAACUGGCAUAUUAUCCUUUGCCAUGGAAAUCUAAAGCUAUGGAUUUACGACAUAACAGGCUAUUUGCUGAUUUUGCAUGGAAUAAUCAUGAAAGUGAUGAAGAAGUAGGUGAUAAGCGUAUUAAACUUGAUGAUGAAGCUCUGAAAAAUCCUCAAAUUGCUGAAGAAGUAAGGGAUAACCACAUUAAACUUGAUGAUGAAGCUCUAAAAAAUCCUGAAAUUGCUGAAGAAGUAAGUGAUAAACAUAUUAAUCUUGAUGAUGAAGCUCUGAAAAAUCCUGAAGUUUCUGAUGAAGUAAGUGAUAAACAUGUUAAUCUUGAUGAUGAAGCUCUGAAAAAUCCUGAAGUUUCUGAUGAAGUAAGUGAUAAACAUAUUAAACUUGAUGAAAACUGUUCUAGGAAAUUUGAAUUUGCAUCCACCUAUGAAUUAGGUUUGUAUUUUGCUGGACAGGGUUCCGGAGAAAAGAAUGCAGAUUCUGAGAUCUCCCGAUCUUAUCUUCCUUCCUCCAAACAUACAGAGCAUACCAGAAUAAGGAGUAAGAUUAUGAAAUCCCAAAAAGAAGACAAUGAUUGUUCCAGUGAUGAUACAGAAGACAACUAUACUAAUGAGGUAGCUCAACUAUUAGAAGAUGAAGAAAUCUUUUCUAAAAAUCAAGAAAGUCUUAAAGUUUCUGAAACAUACUCAGCACAAUGUAUAUAUAUUGUUAAUUCGGAUCCAGACGAAACAGAUAAUGAAACCACUCUUCCUGAACCUCCAAUAGAGGACGCACAGGGGAAUCUUAAGAAAGAAGCAUAUAAAAAUGUAUACAAGGACGCAUAUAAGAAUAUAGACAAGGACGUACAGGAAAAUCUUUACAAAGACGCACAAAAAAAUCCAAACAAGGACGCACAUAAGAAUCCAAACAAGGACGCACAUAAGAAUCUAAAUUUAUUAAUGGAUCCUAAAACUAUUUCUCCGGGACUAUCAGGAUUUAAAGCCCAACAUAAACCUCAUGAUCUCGGGUUCGUGUGCGUAAAUAAUACGCAUGACUCUACGCUGCACUGGAAUACGAAAGUGCAUAAACGUGGUCCUAUAAAUCCUAAUUCGGAAUACAUCUUAAAUGCUAAUUUUCGGCCGGAACACAGUUAUAUCCUUAAUCCGCCAGUUCGUCCUGAGCUCAGAAAACUUUCAAGUGCUGAGAGACAUUCUAAGCUCAAAGAGUCGCAAUCCUCUCUGAACCCUGGAUUGAGAGAUAGUCCAAACAUAGAGAACCCAAGAGAUCUUAUUAAACUCCAGGAGUGUCUAAAAGCUCUAGUUUAUCCUCGACCCGGAGAUUGCAUAAGUCCGACUACUCUUACAACAUCUAAAGCAAACUGCAAUGCUAAAAUGUAUUCUGAAUCCUCUGAAGAUUUCUGUUCAGGAGUUCCUCUUGACAAUAAAAAUUCUGUCUACUGCUCUGAGUGUAGAUCUAGUUCUGCUCCCAACCUAACUCCGGGUAUACAAUUCAAUACAGAUCCGACUAGAUAUUAUCCUAUACAACCCAACCAUGGGAAACAUAGGUGUUCGACUCAGGGGGUCUCGGAUGAUAAGGGGGGUCAGGAGACCCCAGAUAUUCAUAGAUAUCCUUUCAAUACUGAUCUUAUCCGUCCUUACACUACCAAGGCUACGUAUGAAAAAAGUCUGAAUAAAAUUAGACGGAUUGAAUAUGAACAUGAUUAUGGCACCAGGGGUAGAAUGCAUCAACUGCAUUCUGUCAACUUAUCAGAUUUAAACCAGAAGAAAAAUAUUAAAUCCCAGGGUUCUAUCCACAAGUAUUCUCAGUUUAAAAACGAAGAACAAGUCCAAAGGUGUAGAGAUGUAAAGAAAAAUAAACAUUUUCCGUUCCACCCUGUACACUUUGCAGUGGAUUUACCAAGGCAUUCUUUUCUUCAAGACCACCCUUCAUACUUAGGAACCAACUCUACGCUGGUAAUUCAUAAUGCAGACAAGUAUACGCAGAAUCUAGAGUGUUAUCAGCAAAUAGAUCAGAAUCUAGAGUGUAAUCAGAAAAUAGAUCAGAAUCUAGAGUGUAAUCAGCAAAUAGAUCAGAAUCUAGAGUGUAAUCAGCAAAGAGAUCAGAAUCUAGAGUGUAUUCAGCAAAUAGAUCAGAAUCUAGAGUGUAAUCAGCAAAUAGAUCAUAAUCUAGAGUGUAAUCAGCAAAUAGAUCAGAAUCUAGAGUGUAAUCAGCAAAUAGAUCAGAAUCUAGAGUGUAAUCAGCAAAUAGAUCAGAAUCUAGAGUGUAAUCAGAAAAUAGGUCAGAAUCUAGAGUGUAAUCAGCAAAUACAUCAUAUUCUAGAGUGUCAUCAGAAAAUACAUCAGAUUCUAGAGUGCAAUCAGCAAGUAGAUCAGAUUCUUCAGGAAAAGAAACAGUUUUGUCAAACAAAAAACGAAACGGAGUUUAGUAAACGAAACACGUUAAAAAAUUCUACGCAGUGCCUAGAAAGAAAACAAUUUACAGUUGCAUUUUCUACUCAGCCCCAAACUCAGAAAAGAGAGAGGAAACACAAUAUCUUCCAACGAUGGCGGAGCUUUGACAAUUUGGCGGAGUACAGGAUUGGUGGUUUGGCGGAGUUUGGUAUACUGGGUAACUCCUUGGCAGAUAUUGAAAAGAUGUCCAGGGGAAACGGAAAUUAUUUCUUCAGGGAACAAUCACUAAACAUCAACAAGAAUAUUUGUCUAAAAGAAAACAAAAUAAACUCCAGAGACAAAGAAGGUGUAGACUCUGCUCAUGAUGAUAAAGUCCUUGCUGAACUUGAUCACGCUGCAGUAUGUAAUCAAAUUUCAAUUGAUCAUAAAACAGUGGAUCAAAGUGCAGUUGAUCUCAGUACAGAUGAUCAGAAUGCAGUGUGUCACAAUAGAGUUGAUCACAAUACUAUUGAUCAAGCUGAAAUGGAUCAAAAUACAUUUUACCAACGUGCAGGUGGUCAAACUGGAGCUGAACAAGUUUUAAUCAGAGGUCAAACUGGAGCUGAUCAAGCUGUGAUGAGAGGUCAGACUAGAGCUUAUCAAGCUGUGAUUAAAGGUCAAACUGGAGAUGAUCGAGCUGUGAUUAAAGGUCAAACUGGAGCUAAUCAAGCUGUGAUUAGAGGUCAAAGUGGAGCAGAUCAAGCUGUGAUUCGAAGUCAAACUGGAGUUGGUCAGGCUUUGAUUAGAGGUCAAACUGCAGCUGAUCAAGCUGUGAUUCGAAGUCGAACUGGAGCUGGUCAAGCUGUGAUUAGAAAUCAAACUGGAGCUGAUCAAGCUGUGAUUAGAGGUCAAACUGGAGCUGGUCAAGCUGUGAUCAGAGGUCAAACUGGAGCUGAUCAAGCUGUGAUCAGAGGUCAAACUGGAGCUAAUCAAGCUGUGAUUAGAGGUCAAACAGGAAAUGAAGAAUUGUGUGAAAGCUCUGAGACAGAAAUUGAUGAAGACACUUUUAUAAAACUUGAUAAAAUCUUAAAUAUGAUUCUGAUGAAGAACUUAUAA